AUGGGGUUGACUGGAGCGGAGUUACGUCAAUUCGUGACGGAUCAACAGACGAUUGAAAGAGAAGAGAGACAAAAGGAACGAGAAUUAAAGAAAGAAGAACAAGAAGCCGCAGGAAAGGCCAGAAUAGAAACGGCCGAAGAAGCGGAACGGGCCAGAAAAGAAAAGGCUGAAGAAGCGGAGAGAGAAAUGAUUGCAGCGGAGAGAGAACGACACCAUGCCUUAGAGAUAAAAAGAUUAGAGCUGGAGGCGGCGAGAAUUAAAGACGCGCUCAUCAGAGCCCCAGACGUAUAUUCCCGAUUAUCGGAAGAGGCAGCUGUUGAUUACAGGCAAUUAAAGGAGGCCCUCUUGAAGAGAUACGACCUGGCGGAAGACGGAUACCGUCAUAAGUUUAGAAAGAGCAGGCAGGAGCUAGCAGAGAGGCCCGAUCAAUUUAUUCACCGCCUGAAGAACUACCUGAAGAAAUGGAUGAUGUUUUCGAAGUGCGAUCCCAAGUCAGCCGAGGAGGAUCUGGCGGUACAUCUAAAGGAGAGGGAGAUAGCGAGCCUAGAAGACCUCGCGAACGCAGCCGAUCGCUACUUGACAGCGCACCAACGGAAGUUUUGCACAGUGUCGAAUGCUCCAACCAGUCAACCGACUACGAUUAGUGAUGGUACCAAUACGGCUUCAAUUGGAGAGAGAGCGUGA